CUGAACACACAUCGAGAGCUUCAGAAGAACUGAAUCUACUGACAACAGAGAAGAUUGUUUAAUAAGAGAGAAGAAUGAAGAUCAUCUUGACUUUCACUCUGCUGAUGAUUCCUGGAGUCGUGAGCUCCAUCAGUGUGACGGGAUAUUCAGGAGGAGGAGUCACGAUCACAUGCAAAUAUGAUAGAGGAUAUACAGCAAAUAAAAAGUAUUUUUGUAAAGGACAGUGGUCAGACUGCAAAGACCAAAUCAAGACUGAUGAGAAAUAUAAAUGGGAUCCUUCUGGAAGAUUCUCUCUGUAUGACGACAAAAGAUCAGCAGUGUUCACUGUGACCAUCAGAGAUCUGAGUGAAGAGGAUUCUGACACGUACUGGUGUGGAACUGAUAUAUAUGCAAAAAUUGAUUCCUACACUGAAGUGAAUCUGAAGGUUAUAAGAGAUGAUUGUUGUGUGAAGAGCAUCAGUCUAUCAGCUGCUGCAGGAGGAUCUGUGAACAUCAGCUGCAAAUACCCACAAUCCCACAUUAGUGAUGUGAAGUUUCUCUGCUGGAGAUCUGGAGCUGAUCUCUGUGCUGAAGAGACGUCUGUGAAGGAGAGCAGAAGAUGGAGUCCUGAGGGAAAGAUCCAGCUGUAUGAUGACAGAGAAGAGCAGCUCCUGAUGGGAAGCAUCAGUCAUGUGACUGAACAAGAUUCAGAAUACUGGUGUGGAGUUCAGUCUGAUCAAGGACACAAGAGCUUCAUCACACGAGUCCUGAUCAGUGUUACAGGUGAGAAAUGA